AUGGGGAUGUCCUUUUCAUGCCCUUUAUCAGAUGAUUUGGACAAGAAAAUUGAAUCCCUGUUAGUCAAACAAAUAAGUUUAGGCAGAGGUGAUGUUAGAGCUGUUAUAAGAUCUGUUAGCUUCAAUAGUCGAGAUUCUGAUUCUGCAGCAGCAGCAGCCGGUGUUGGAAUGAAAUCAUUUGGUUCAGGAAAAAUGAUCCUUGAAGGAUCUCUAAGCUUUAAAGGAAGAGAACUAGAGACUAAGAUAUCGAUCAAGGCUCCAGCCAGACUCGAUGUAGAGCACUUGGGUCUAGUUACAUCAUCGGUCACUAGUAAUAAUAGCAAGCAAAUCCCUCCUCUCAAAUCGCCACUGCCCGAUAGAAUGCCAGAGAAAACUAUCCCAAUGCUAUCGUCGCCUGAGUCUGCAGACAACAGAUACCUUGCUGCACUGAAGCUGCAGAAAACUUAUAAAAGUUUCCGAACCAGAAGGCAAUUGGCAGAUUGUGCAGUUCUGGUUGAGCAAAGAUGGUGGAAACUAUUGGAUUUCGCUGAACUCAAGCGCACUUCUGUGUCAUUCUUUGACAUUGACAGACCUGAAACUGCUUUCUCACGUUGGUCAAGGGCGAGAGCACGAGCAGCUAAGGUAGGAAAAGGUUUGUCGAAAGAUGAAAAGGCCCGAAAACUAGCCUUGCAACAUUGGCUCGAAGCGAUUGAUCCCCGACAUCGCUAUGGCCACAACCUUCAAUUUUAUUAUAUCAACUGGCUUCAAUGUGAGAGUAAACAGCCAUUCUUCUAUUGGCUUGACAUUGGGGAAGGUAGAGAAGUAAACCUAGAGCGAUGUCCUCGGCCUAAACUUCAGCAGCAAUGCAUAAAGUAUCUUGGCCCCAUAGAAAGGAAGGCAUAUGAAGUUAUCAUAGAGGAUGGCAAAUUCAUGUACAAGCAAAGUGGGCAGCUUCUAGAUACAAGGGGUGGUCCUGAAGAUGCCAAGUGGAUCUUCGUUCUCAGUGUGUCUAAAGUCUUGUAUGUCGGAAUGAAGAAGAAAGGCACAUUUCAGCAUUCGAGUUUCUUAGCAGGUGGAGCUACAUUAUCUGCUGGCAGAUUAGUGGUGAAAGAUGGCAUUUUAAAGGCAGUCUGGCCUCACAGUGGGCAUUAUCUCCCAACAGAAGAAAAUUUUGAGGAAUUUAUGUCGUUUCUAAAGCAACACAAAGUGGACAUCAGCGAGGUCCAGAGAGCACCUAGUGGUGAGGAAGAAGAAGAGCCUCUAAAACGGAAGCCAAGCAGCUUUGGACUCCGUACUAGCGUGUCUGAACCGGAUUUAAGUCAUGGUAAUGAAGAUAAAAAUGCUGCACACUCCAGGAAGAAUAGUAAAGAUGAUUUAGGCAAGAAAUAUCGCCGGGAGGACACAGAUAAUCUUCAACCACAGAUAUCAAGGUGGUCACGAGGACUUCAAUCGAAGAUUUCUAUUCUGGAAAUACCUAAAAGGGACAACAUAUCGGAAUUGUUUAAGCAGCAACAAGAGCAGGAAAGUUGUAGCACUCCAGGAGAUGAAGGAUACGAAACAGCGGAAGAGAGCUUAUCUGAUUCUGAAUUUUCUGUUUCAAAGGAGAAUUUAUUUGAUGAUGAGGAUAGUGAGGAAGACUGCGAGGAACCCAUCCCAAAAGAGAAGAUUUUGAAACGGAUACUUUCGCACAAGUCAUUGAAAUCUUAUCAGUUAGCUAAUCAGCUCUCUUGCAGAUGGACAACAGGUGCUGGUCCUCGGAUUGGUUGUGUCAGGGAUUAUCCUUCCGAGCUUCAAGCCCGUGGCUUGGAACUCGUGCAUCUGUCCCCAAGAAGCAGUGGAUCUCCUAGGAAAUCUGCUCCGUUUCACCGAGAAAAUCCAGGGAGAAGCCCACUUGCUAUAUCAUAA